UGCAUACGUAUAUAACGUUCACUGGUAAACACUGGAAUAUAUUUUGUGGGUUCAUUUUUUUAGGCUAUCAUAGGAUUGGAGGUUAAAGGCGACUGUCAACACAGCAACAUCAUGGAGAUGGACGACCAGGAACGAAAGGUUGUCAACGAGUUCUGUCAUCUGUUGGAGAAGUCUAAGCAACUUUUCAAUGGACUUAGAGAUCUGCCCCAGUAUGGACAUAAACAGUGGCAGUCUUAUUUUGGAAGAACAUUUGAUGUUUACACAAAACUGUGGAAGUUUCAACAACAAAACAGACAAACUUUAGACACAAAGUAUGGGUUGAAGAGAUGGCAGAUAGGAGAGAUAGCAUCCAAGAUAGGACAGCUCUACUAUCACUAUUACCUUCGAACCAGCGAGACAAACUACUUGAAUGAGGCCUUCUCUUUUUACUCAGCUAUAAGAAUGAGAGCUUACUAUUCCAAAGCCAACAAAGAGGAAAGGCCCGAUCUUAUGGUGAAGAAAUUACGGUACUAUGCUAGGUUUAUUGUGGUAUGCUUACUGCUAAAAAAAAUGAAACUUGUCAGGGAUUUAGUAAGGGAACUUGCAAAACAAAUAGAAGACUACACACAGAUCUAUGAACCUGAGGACCAGCUGGAGUGGUCACUGGUUCUUGGGGAGAUAAAAGCUUUCAUUGAGGCAGAUGUCCCCGUCAAUGUUGUAGAUGUGGACUCCUCACCUAUUGUAUUGUCACAUCGCCUUACACCACUAAACACGCCACCUAUGGAGCAGGGGUCCUCCGUCUACCUCACGCUACAGGAGAUACUCAUAGUGGGCAACUGUUACGAACAGGUGAAAUUUAGUGAACUUACAUUAGACAUGUUCAGAAUGCUCCAGACCCUAGAGCGAGAACCCCAGGAAGAUUUAUCCAAUCAGCUCUAUGACCAGUCCCCAGCCCCAGGGAAUAAACCUGGAUUUGAAAAUGGAGAUAAAAUCAACAAAAGGGACAACCCUCAUAAAUAUCUCCUGUAUAAACCUACCUUUAGUCAGUUAUACACAUUCCUGGCAUCAGGGUUCAAGGAACUGCCCCCAGGGGGCACUAUGUUAGUCUAUGUGUCUGCUGAUGGUAGUUUGGGGAACAUGAAAGAGACAGAAGAUGUGGCAUUUGACUUUGGAGGGGUUGUUACAAACAACAAAAGAGAAGGAGAUGCCUUCAACAACAGAACAAAAAGACCUGCUCAUAUUAAAGAGAUGCACUGUCUUCAUCCAGGAGAUGUCUAUCCCUUCACCAGAAAGCCUUUGUUUCUUAUCAUUGACAGUGAUAACAGUACUGCCUUUCAGAACUUCCCAAAUUUGUUUGGUCAGCCUAUGGCAUGUUUAUUGUCACCAGAAAAUGUGCCUGCAACAAUGCAAGAUCAACAUCAAAAAGGUAAUCUGUUCACAAUGUUCCUUCACAGCCCUCUAAUGGGGUUUUGCUAUGUCUGCAGCAUCGUUGACAUUCCUAUUGCACUGUGGGACAAAUGUCAAGGCCACAUUGAAAAGUUCAUGGCGGAAGCAAGCAAGGUCUUUUCUAGGUCAAGGUCAUUAGAUCAUGCAUUUAUGCAGUUUUAUGGUGAUGACUUUCUGAGGCUUCUGAUGCUGAGGUUUAUAUUCUGCUGGAUAACUCUAAGGUUACACAGAGGGUUCAAGGGUCCCAGUUAUUACCCCACAACCCAGCCCCCACUUCCAGAGGAUGAGAUUCUCCACCAGGCAUCGCUCCACAGGCUGGUCAUGGACGUGGCAUCCACCUUAGAGGUGCGAGGACUCUUUGGGGACCUCACGGAGGUGGACUGACAAUUAAUGCAGGAGAGCACAGAUGAUGGAGCUCUCUGGAUCUAGAAACUAGUGCACAUCAAGGUGCCGUUACUCUACAGAUUUGGUAUUAAAAGUAUGCUAUAAUACCUAGACUGACUCAAACUUGGAUUUAAUGUGCUGGUAAAUGGGAUGAAAUAUUUCAUCCAAAUGAUUUUUUUAGUCUUAAGAUGUGCCUGAAGUGAAUAAGAAAACGUACCCAGUAUCUACACGAUCAUUUCUUUUAUCCCAAGUAAAAAAAUUGGAAAUUGGGCAAUAUCUUUGAGGUCUGACAUGCCCAGUGAUGUGCUGCCCUAUUUAGGAUCUACACUAGUUUUACUAAGGUCAUUACCAGUGCUGUGUCUAAGUCAGUUUAUCAGCUGAAUUACUUUUUACACUUUAAUUAGGCAUCUUUUUUAUUGGAUCUAGUCUUAAGUUGAUGAAAGGUGUGUAAUGUUGUUUUCUGUCAAAUCCUAGAUGUGCAUUUUUUUUUCAAUCAAAUGUAUUUCAUACAAAGAUGUAGUUAUUAAAAGUAAUAACUAACCCACCUGCUCAUCCCUAAACAUGAUAAUAUUUUUCCUUAUUUUUAAAGUUUUUGUACCAUGUACAGGACAAAAAAACACUUGUUUCAAAUUUUCUAGGCACCAGUAGUCCCUUUAUCUAAAAGACAUCAUGUAUACUAUCUUGUAAUGAGAUUUAAACUUGACAGUAAAAUGUCGGCCUUAUUUUUAACAUGUGUAUUUAAAAUGAGGAUAUGGAAGAAUACAGUUCUAAAACCUAGUAUGUUUCAAUGCAUAUUCUGAUUAUCAAGAUGUAUUUGUGUAUUCUUCCUCUGCCUGCUGUGAGCAAGUGUAAACUGUGACAGGGUACCUGAACUGAAGACAAGUUUAUAUUUAUUCAGUGCAUAAACAUACUGAGAAAACAUUUUGAAGCAUUUAAAAAAAUCAAAACCACACACGUUCACAUAUAUAGAUGUAGCUUUUUAGUAGUAUUCAAGUAGAGAAAAAACCCAAGUGUAUAACACAUUGGUCACCUGUUGUUUGUGUAAUUGACAAAGUUCAUUUGAAUGUAUGUAUACUUUUUUGUGCAUUUACUCAGUUGUGCAGACUUUGUAUAAAGAGUGCAGUGGACUUUUAAAGAUAUCAAGCUCUUGUAAAAAUAUAUACAUAAAGAAGCAUGCAUGGACUGUGCAGUGACUGACAGGGUUAACUGUGUGUUUACCGGGUAUGUUCACACAAGAAAAUUUUGGAUUGGAGAUAGACUUUACUGCCUCACUGACACAGCUGAAGGCAUUGAUUGUGUUUCAGUCCAUGCAUGUAAUGUAACCUGGUCAUUUGGUGAGUUCAAUCAGUUUGUUUGUGAUCAAAGUUGGACCUGAAAUGAUACUAGAUAUGAAUUGUAAUGUGUUAUAUUUUUCCUUUAUUUACAUAUACAACUAAGCCAGUAAAAUUUCUUUAAUUUAGAAAGUAGGUAAAUUAUUUUUUCUUGAACUGUGAUGAAACUGAGGCUCCGUAUAACAGAACGUCCACCCUCCAUUUAAUUAUGCAGGUUAGGGUUAGCCUGACGUGAUUGGGUCAAAAUCUAGGGCAAGGCUUACAUGUGCAAAUUAAUGGGGACCGGACUCUUUAUCAUUGGAGACUCUGUCACGUCACAAAUUAUUUUUUCUUAAACUAACACAAUUAAUAUAUAUAUAGGUUUCAUUAAUUAACUUACAUAGAUUAUCAAUAUAUGUAACAACAUGGAAACGGGCUCUGCAGCACACUAACUUACAUAAAUUUCAUGUCAUAUUGUCUCAUCAAACUUAUGAUUCGAUUUCUAAGCAUAGGGGGGGCAUUCUAAUCAUGUCCUUCUGCCCACUACCAUUGCCAUUAGGCUGCUUGCCAUGCAUAGCAAUAGGGGUGGUCAGGUUUCAUGGCAAGGUUAUCUUAGAUAUAGUGUGGUAAGAAGUAAGGCUAUCACAACUGAAUGUAAAUACAUCUCUAGUGGUAACUUAUCACUAUAGAGUAGGCUCAUUUUAUUGAACACACGUGGCAUUUACACUGCCCGCUGAGAAAACUUCUGACAAGCUGUCAUUAUGCCUCAACGUCUCCCUAAACGUUAAAAGUAGUACUUCCAUUUGUUUAUUGAUUUGAAAAAGGAUUAACGCCAAACUUUGGUGAGUGUUAGGAAGCUUUACCUGUACACAAUGUGACGUCACGCUGGGGUCACGUGGUUAUCACGUGGAUACUUGAGCAUUGAUGUAGUACAUGUAGCCACGUGGUGCAAACAUAUUGUGGAUUAUGAAAAAAAGGAUCCAGUCUAUUUAUUUUACUUUGGUUGGUUGCAUGGCCGUAUAAAGCGAGUCCUCUGCUGGCGUAUCGACUGACUGACUCUCUGGCAGAAUUUUUAAAUGAACUAAGACUGGUUAACAAAUUCCCCUUUAAUUAGGAUAAGUCAAUCUAUUUUGAAACUGAUUAAUGUUGUUACAACGUUAAUUGCUGUAGAUGUUUUGUAUCUGUGGAGAUCAGAACAAUGAUAUAUUAGGUUUUAGUUUGGCAGAUUAUUGUUUGUGUGUUUUAAACCAGGACUUUUUACAUCCUUGUUUCAUGUAUUCUGGACAUGCUCAAAACAUUGUUUUUCGUUGCUUUAAGAACAUUCCUUGCGUUGUCAUUUUGUAAGAUUUGUAUUACAAAAUAUCAAUAAAACAACUAUGAUGAUUAA